AUGAGGCAAGUUAUCCUUUGGAAAUGUGCUCACACUUUGAUGCAGAUGAAAUUAAAAGGCUAGGAAAGAGAUUUAAGAAGCUUGAUUUGGACAAUUCUGGUUCUUUGAGUGUGGAAGAGUUCAUGUCUCUGCCUGAGUUACAACAGAAUCCUUUAGUACAGCGAGUAAUAGAUAUAUUCGACACAGAUGGGAAUGGAGAAGUAGAUUUUAAAGAAUUCAUUGAGGGAGUCUCUCAGUUCAGUGUCAAAGGAGAUAAGGAGCAGAAGUUGAGGUUUGCUUUCCGUAUCUAUGACAUGGAUAAAGAUGGCUACAUUUCCAAUGGGGAACUCUUCCAGGUGUUGAAGAUGAUGGUGGGGAACAAUCUAAAAGAUACACAAUUACAGCAAAUUGUAGACAAAACCAUAAUAAAUGCAGAUAAGGAUGGAGAUGGAAGAAUAUCUUUUGAAGAAUUCUGUGCUGUUGUAGGUGGCCUAGAUAUCCACAAAAAGAUGGUGGUAGAUGUGUGACUCUUUUUAGAGUACCACCCAACACUUUUGCUUUCUUCUCCAUCUCUGAAGAUCUGCUCAAGACGUCCAGCAAUGCUCUCUGUGUAUUUAAAUGGAAGUAUUUUUCUCUGUGAAGCCACAUUUUCCAACAUGAGCCUCAUGAAGCCAACUUAAGUGUUAUUGAACUCUUAUUCUCUCAAUAACUCAGUGUAGCACUUUAAAGUCUGAAGGACAGCAGCAUGAAAAGAGCAUAUCAAUGUGGUGGAGAAAGGGAAGGGGUUGGCUUUUUAAUUUAUUUUUCUUCAUCUUUUAUAACAAGAAAGUAUCUAUAUAUACAUAUGUAAAUAUUUAUAUAUAGAUAUAUGUAGCUUUCUAUAUAUGUAGUAGGUUGGCUUUAAUUUAAUAUACUUGAUUCAGAAACAAAACAAUAGAGUACAAAAGUGCCAAGCAGAACAUAAAACAUCCUUACUUUUAUUUCACACAGUUUUAUAUAUAGAUAGAAGAUUGUACAAUUUGAGCCGGGUGUUAGGCCAGCUAUUUUCCUUUUCCUGUGCUUUCUCCUUUGAGAGAUUGACAAAGCAUUUGUUAACGUCCUAUUAUUUUACCUUAAUUACAUUUUGUAACAAAGGAGUCUGUAACUUUAUUUAUACUUAUGAAUAUAUUUCCAGGGACUAUGUCUCAUUGCUGAGCAGCUUUUAAUAAACCUCUGCUUGAGGAAAAAGUAUAGUUCAGUGCUACUGCCAAGAGCUAGUUCUUGUGUUCAUAUAGUAACUGCACAGUGCUUAUGGCUGCUUCAUUCUGUUACUUUGUAGCCAGGAGCCAUUUAUUAAGUGUCCCUCAGUAAAUGUAAACUACCAGUUGUGAUUUUAUACAUAAAAGCCAGAAGCUGUCUGAGGCAAUCAUGAUUUAUUAUAUGCAUUACUUAGUGAAGAAUUAAGCAAUCAUGUAACUGCUUAGGAUAUCCAUUUGUUUCCUCACAUGGGUAAAUAAUUUGUCAUUAAACUUGUGUUUGAACCAUGAAUUUCCCUUCUGUGUUUCAAAAGAUUUGCAGCUAAUCUAAAAAACUAGUGAUAUUUAACAUGCGUAUAUGUUUCUAAACACCCACACAUAUUUGUAGUUUAAAUGGGAGAACUUGCUAAUCUAUAUGCCACAGAAGAGCACUAUUUUAUCAAGAUUUAUGCCUCUUAAAUUUUCUUACGUCAUAGAGGAUGCAUGGUUUUUAAAAUUGAUUUGCCCAUAUAUAAUUGGUAAUGGAUGAUAACUUAAUGAAUUUGUGUGAUAUAAAAGUAGUGUAUCAUGUUCUACCACUUGAUGUUAUCCCUUCCCUUUUCUGCAAAGGUACUAUUGGCUGGAAGAACAACAUCUUGGUUGGCUUUGUGUGACAAUACUCUUUCCCUACAUAGCUUUUCUAUAAAAACUGGUUUUCUAAUCAUAAUAGAAAGGGCAGGUUGAGUCGAGAUGAAUGAAUCUUAAGUUGAGCACACCUGCCUGCCAUCGCUGUUCCUUCAGCUGAGUGCUGCACAUCAUGGGCUCUGUCUGUGAGAGAAAAAUCCCGGUGCUUGGUGUCCUUGCAUGACAUGGAGUUUUGCAUGUAGAUCAAUUUAAAAUGUACCUCUUGUUUACAUAAUUUGCAUAAUUUUAAAAGAUAAUGUUGCCAAACUUUGGAAAUGUUAAUGUUCAAACUGAAAAUCUCCACUACAUGUAACUUUCUUCCUCUGGAUCAGUGCGUGGCUUAAAAUCCCAGCCAGUGGUUUGAUCUGUUCCAGUGUCAACUGCCAUGUGCUCUGCUUCAAGGGGGAACUAGUCUUUUGUGAAUUUUUUGUACAUAAGUAUUUGUUACAAAUAUUUUAGCAAAUGCUUUCUAUUUCUCUUGCUUGUGCAUAUCUUGGCUGGCGUUACAGAAAAAUAGUGCAAACAUUAUUUCCUUACUGGGGAAUAAGGGUUUUUUUUCUUUCUCUUCUUUUUUUUUUUUUUUAGUUUGUGUGUGGGGGUGGGUAGGGGAGGGGGUGGUUUAUGUUGAAUGUUUAGUUUUUCUUCUGCAUGAUACGUCAUGUUGUGGGAACUUUAGAAAACUUCAUACUGUAUGGAUAAGAAAAUAAAAUAUUUGAAACUUGCUUGAA